AUGCGUGACAUAGUCGAUAUCUCUCAGUUUACGCAGGUGCAACUACCACAGCGCGAUGUCUCACCUUCACCUUCAGCUCCAGAACCUGACCCAGAUACUCGCAUCGAGGAUCAACAACAAUUUAACGACUUUUCGAACAUCGGCGAUGACUUUGGUUCACUUGACGAUGAUUUUGGAGUGGCCAGGGAGUCUUUGGAGGAGAAGUAUGAGGAUGGCUUGACCUUUUUGGAUGUAUUCGAUGCUGAUGAAUUUGCGGAGUACAGGAAGGACAAUCUCUUCUACCCUUUUGCAUCCAAGGAGGAAUGGGAAGUUGCUGACUAUCUCCUUCGCUCGUCCCUGAGUAUGGCAGCAAUUGAUGAAUUUUUGAAGCUUCGCAUGAGAGAUCCCGUUGAAUGCCUGGAAAGCCUUUUCAGCAAUCCUCUGUUUCAUGAUAAGCUCAAUUUCGUCCCUUGUCGCAUGUAUAAAACGGCAGCACAGCUUCUGAGGGUAUAUUCUGAAUGGUUGACAGGUAAUUCUGCUUGGGACACGCAGAGCCAAUAUCCUAUAGGUGCUACGAUCCUCGGUGCUGUUUUAUCUUCUGAUAAAACAAAUAUCACUACCAUGACUGGUGCCAGGAUCACCCAUCCACUUCUUCUCGGCCUCGCCAACAUAUCAUUCAUGCUCACGGCUCUCCUCCCCAUUCCGAAGUACCUACACCCCAACCAAUGGAUGCGUGGCAUGCUUGAAGACCGCCUGGUGCACAAGUGCCUUUCGAUUGUCCUAAAGCCCUUGAUGAUAGCAGCAGAAGUUGGCAUCAUGAUGUCCGAUCCGCUUGCCAGUAUCACAGUUGAUCCCAACGAUCUCGAGGCAUAUUUUGAGGCAUGCGCUGAACACCAGCUAAAUGGUGUUCAUGCACCUUUCUGGAAGGGCUACCCCCACGCUGAUCCCUCCAUCUUCCUGAUGCCAGAACCACUACAUCACUGGCACAAGGAAUUUUAUGACCACGACCUUCAGUGGUGUCUCAAGGUUGUUGGCGCCCAGGAGCUAGAUUUCAGGUUCUCUAUAUUACAGCCCAUCACAGGAUAUCGCCACUUUGUGGGUGGAAUUUCAAAACUCAAGCAGGUCACAGGCAGAGUUCAUCGCAACAUUCAGCACUACAUUGUUGGCCUGAUAUCUGGUGUAGCUCCUUGUCGCUUCAUGAUUGCAAUACGCGCCCUCAUGGAUGUCCGGUACUUGGCACAGUGCCCUGCACCUGACAACAACUUACUGUCGUCUAUCGACCAAUCCCUUUUGACGUUUCAUGAAAACAAGAAUGUUAUCAUGACAUUAGGUGCACGGAUGGGAGCAAAGAAGCCGAUCAACAAUUGGUUCAUCCCUAAGUUGGAGCUCCUGCAGAGCAUCACGUCCAGUACACGCAAAGUUGGCGCCCUCAUCCAGUGGUCUGCAGACGCAACUGAACAUGCCCAUGUGUCUGAAAUUAAGGACCCUGUGCGACACACAAACAAUAACAAUUAUGACCCACAGAUAUGUUGCUAUCUGGAUCGUCAGGAGAAACUCUACAAUCCUGUAGACGUUGCUGAGGAGAAUGAAGGGGAAGAAGACAAUAUUGAUCAUGAUGAAUGGGAGCUAUCUGAUCCACAGACUGCCCUCCUCGAGGAGAUGAAUCAAACACGCAUUACUACAAAUUAUUUUAGCAAAGCCACACAAUUUGAUACCCUCAGCCACAGACAACUCACUUACCCCCCUCGAACAUUUAUAGGUGGUACCACUGCUAUCCAUCUCAACUAUGAUCCAUCCUGUAACGGAGUCAAAGUUGGGGACAUUUCUGUUGACUACAAUAUACUGGAUCUGCACUUCGCGCUUUCAGAUUUCUUGCAGCGUGACGCGAGGGGGAGAGGAAUAGUUCAUGAGGUCACUUCAAGAAGGAGACUGUUGAUUGAUCAUCCUCCAAUCAUUCCAUUCGAUCGCGUUCAAGUCUGGCAUUCGGUUCGUCUACAGCAAACAUCCUUUCACGAUUCUAGCAUCGUAUUACCAGCACAGACUGUACAUGCCUCUCCUUCGGGCCCUGGAUGGCCCAAAGGCCGAUGGGAUUUUGUCCUGGUUAAUAUAGACGGAGCCGCUGAAUGGCCAAAAUCAGGCCUAACAGUCAAGAUUCCUCAUCUACAUCGCAUUAAAUGGCGAGAUCAAUAUCUCUGCUAUGUACAGUGUUUGAGUAUUGGGCCAAUUGAUCCAGCCACCGAGAUGCAUACACUGAAAUGCGCGAAGCAUGCUGAUGGCUCUUCUGUUGGUAAUUUCAUUCCAUUGAAUCAACUUCAUGCAUUCAUCAGCAUUAUCCCUCGACUUGGUGAUGUGGCGGAUGCGCGAUUAACGAAAGCAACAUCUUCACAUUACUCCCACUCGUUUUUUCUGAAUAAAUACUUCGAUAAAGAGAUCUACAAUGCCAUUUACUAUGCUUCACGAUAA